AUGGCCAGUUUAGGGCAAGAAGAAGGAGGGGCCCGCACUCUUUCCCCCCCUCCGCCGCCUCCGCCCCCUCCACCAUCGGAUGCUCACUCAAAAAUAUCUCCCUAUGUUCUGAAGCUCAGGAGCGCGCCUCCCAAUUAUUUCUACAAGCCCCAGAUAAAGCCGGAACACACGGACCCCUUUGCUGCACCCACUGGUCCUUACUUCUUUUAUGGCACAUUGACAGAUCCGUUAAUGAUCGCGGAGAUUCUCGAGCUGAACGAGGAACCAAAGCUGCGACCUGCACAUAUUAUUGGGUAUGAAUGUAAAAUGUGGGGGCAAUAUCCAGCUUUGCUGGAUUGUCCAGAUUCGGUGGUUGAAGGAGCAGCGUAUCAUGUUCGUACUACGCAGGAUGCAGAGAGGCUUGCUGCGUAUGAGACGGGAAAUUAUCGUGCAGAAGAUUGUCUUAUCAGAUAUAUAGAUGGCAAGGAGCCGUCUGAGGACCUGGGGUAUACAUUUAAGUAUGUCGGUGACCCGCGCGAACUCACCGAGGGCCAGUUUGACCUGAAGGUCUGGUUGAGACGGAUGGGGAGACAUGCUGCGGCAGAUAAGUUGGAGGCUGCUAAAUGCGAGGAAUAG